AUGUCUACCCUUUUUUUAAUAGGAAUGCACGGGACUGAAAAGUCCCAAACAAUUGUACAUAAUGAACACUUUUUUGAUAGAGUAAUUGAGCUUCAAGACUUAGAUUCCCUAAUGGUUACUUUGUAUAGGGACAGAGUCUCACCCUUUCCUAACCCCUAUAACUUUGAAACUGGCGUGUCUCUAGUUCUGUAUGACCCUUCAAGGUUUCAACUAUCUGUGCGGCAGUUGGAUGUUUUGUUCAAACGAUUUUUCCCAUCUUUUAAUAUUUCUGCAGUAGACCACACACAUGAGGAAAAUUUACAACGUCUCAACUGUGUUGAACGCGAAAAUAGCGUCUGUCGUAACAGAAUAACCAGGAUCAACCACUGGAUGUAUCACCAUAAUGAUGACACCCCAGACGGUAUCGCCAAGAAACAUUUUAGCACCAUUAAUCAAAAUUCCGCCCCAACUCAAGCAUGCCAAGCAAAUAUUUACACUUUAUUAUUGCAUUUAAAUGAUUCCAAGGCACAGCAUUUACAAAAGGCAUCUGUGCCAAGGUUGAUUCGCAACAUCGAGUUCAUGUCUUUCUUAUCAGAGCCGAUAGGAAAACUUUCUCAAGAUGGGUCACACUAUUGGAACAUUUUAUCAACUUGGGACUUCUGUGCCUUAUCGUUGAGCACUCAAGAAUUGAUUUGGUGCGGGUUCACGCUUAUCAAAAAGUUAUCUAGGGAUUCAAACGUACUCAUUGCAGAUAAUAAAUUACUGCUAUUAUUAUUUACUUUGGAGUCAUCUUAUCAUCAAGUCAACAAAUUCCACAAUUUUAGGCAUGCCAUUGACGUCAUGCAAGCCACAUGGCGAUUAUGUACAUAUCUUAUUAAGGAUAAUCCUGUGCAAACACUGCUGUUGUGUAUGGCUGCCAUAGGUCAUGAUGUCGGUCAUCCUGGGACUAAUAAUCAACUAUUGUGCAACUGUGAAUCAGAAGUUGCACAGAAUUUCAAAAAUGUCUCUAUCUUGGAGAAUUUUCAUAGGGAAUUAUUUCAACAAUUACUAACAGAGCAUUGGCCUCAAUUGUUGGCUAUUUCGAAGAAACAAUUCGAUUUCAUUUCUGAGGCCAUUUUAGCUACUGAUAUGGCAUUGCAUUCUCAAUAUGAGGAUAGAUUAAUGCACGAAAAGCCAAUGAAACAGAUCACUUUGAUAUCCUUAAUUAUCAAAGCGGCUGACAUUUCCAAUGUGACAAGACCUUUGUCAAUAUCAGCGCGUUGGGCAUACCUGAUCACUCUGGAGUUCAAUGAUUGUGCCCUCUUAGAAUCAUUUCAUAAAGAUCACCGUCCAGACCAAGACUGCUAUGCUGAUUCGUAUAAGAAUAUCGAUUCUGCAGAAGAAGAUCUGGACUAUAUUCAAAGUAUAUUGACGAACGUGACCAAUCCCGAUGACAUUAUCAAAGAUCAUCCGUACAUUCCAAAUGGUCAGAUAUUUUUCAUCAAUACGUUCGCUGAGGUAUUUUUCAAUGCAUUAAGUCAAAAAUUUUCAAAAUUGAAAUUUUUAAGUGAUAAUGUUGAAAUCAAUAAAGAAUAUUGGAUGAAACACAAGAAACCAAAUUAG